AUGAUUGCUGAAAAUAAUUCAGAAUUUUGGCAUCGAGGUUGCUUGGAAAGCAAGAAUACAACCCACACAACGGAUGGUGCUCGGUUCUUUUCCAACGCGCGUGCAGCGAUUUUGCAAACAAGGACACCAACUGUUCAUCGUCGCCCUCGUUUAUUUUUGGUACCCACGAACGAGAUUUCUUUCAGAGACUCUGAAUCUUUCGAAGACUGCGCCCGACGCGAAGCUAAAGAGGAAGCCGGAGUCGAGAUUGAAUCAAUGUCAUACGUCGCAUUAGAUAAAUAUAUUGAUAAAACAACUGGCAAAUUAUUGGAUUUGAGAUAUCAUUCUUGGAAUUCUGGUGUUACAGUUGAAAAACUCGUGCACGAUGGAAAGUAG